AUGUCUCCGUACUUUGUGCUCCAGGCACAAAGCAUUAUGAUCAAGAACCAACCCCCAAAUAUGCCUCCUAGCGAACUCCUCAGAGACAUGCUCGUCUCCCGCGAAGACUACGGCGACUUCGGCGGCGUCAACUGCGUAGGGGUCAAGCGCCUCCUGGUAGGCCUCGUCGCCGUAUCAACAAUCUGCAUCCUCGCAAUCUACCUCGCAGUCCACUUCCGCAUCUGCCUCGCCCGCGACAAGAAAUCCUUCCGUUCCUUGGCCAUCGACUUUGAAACACUCGAAAAGGUCCACGCGACGCUCAAGAACCAGCACGAAUUCAUCCGCGAGGACUGUCGCAACUUGCAGAUGACGCUCGACUUUUACAUCAAGGAGUACGGUCGGCAUCCGCGCCAUAAUCAGUUGCGGUUCGAGCCUGGGCAGGUGAAGCAGACUUCAGGUGUGACUGAUGUCGUCAACUCUCCUUCGGGUAAUAGACACUUGCGUGAGGACGAGGAUGUCUUCGUGGUUGAAGAGCCUUCGCAGGAGGAUUUGGAUGGUGGGGUUGAGGAAGGUGAUGUUGCGGAUGGCGAUCGUGUUCCGCGGUUCAGCGAGGAGGAGAAGAAGAGGAAGCAAGGUAAGGUGCCGCGUAUUCAGGCUAUCGCAGCUGGUAUGCAGGAUGUUCCGCUGACCCCUCCCGUUCAGGGGCAAGGUAGUAGGUAG